AUGCCCUCGGGCCCAAUCAUCGAGGAGCUUCCGGAUGAUUACGACAUCGCGGCCCACAAGAAGGAGGCCGCUUCGUCCAGCUCGGGAUCUUUGCGAAAAGGAUUCCUGGCAUCCAGGCAGUCCGCACCCCCGACUCCAGAGGCGGCCACAACCUCAGCACCAGCAAAGAGCACGGAAGGCGAGUCCUCGACAGCCUCGACCAGCAAGGUACCGGAGGCUGAAGAGGCCCUGAACUCGCUCGAGGGCUUGCGGAGAAGGCUCCAGCACGUCCUCGACGACACAAAGGAAAAGCAGCGCCGCACAGCAGAGCAGGCAGAGGCAGACCGUGCGCAGCAGGCCCAAUCCUUGGAUGCUGCCCUGGCUGCUUUUCAGGUGAAAUGGCCCACGUCGGCCAUGAAGGAGAAGCAGGCGAAGGCCAGCAAGGAGAUCGACACAGGCCUUGCCGAGCUCCGGGCGGCCUUCAACGAUUCGCGAAGGCGGCGCAGUGGCGAUGAUCGCAAGGCGCUGUCUGCAUUGAAGGUGGCAGCCGAGGAGGCGAUCAGCCGGGUGCAGAAGGCGGCUGAUGGUGCGAAUGCAAACAAAGGCUCGGCCGAGGACCGCCAAAUUGCAGCAGUGGCUGCCUUCCACGCCAUGCCACUUACCGCGAAGCUCCGCAUUUUGGCCCAGGAGAAGAAAGCCUCCGCGGCGCUCCUCGGCGGCAGCUUCCUGCUUGGCACCCUGGCGAUGCUCGGCAUUUGCCUGGAGAUCUACACCGCCUGGGGCUGCAGGCUGCAGUGCUCGUAG